AGACUUGGACAAGGAGGUCCUUGCGCGCGCGGCCUCUAGAGAGAGGCUUCAGUCCGUGGGGCGGGGACACUACCUUGAUCGAAGCGGGAUCCCGAAGGUCCCAAGGUCUCGGGCAGCGGAGCGUGAAGCCCAGGCCUCGGUCACAGCCGAAGGAAGCCAAACGUUCAGUGGCCCCGCCCCUGGCCCGCCUCGCUCCUCCUUCGCUCUGCGCUGCUAGUUAAGGCCCGCGCGAGUCGGGCCGGGGGCGCUCAGUCUGCCGGGUCCGGUAGUCCGCCGCACCGCCCUCCCGCCCUCCGCGCACGCGCCCUUCGGCGGCUCCUCCGCUCGCUCGUCCCCUCCCUGGCCCGGGCCGUCUUCCAUCGCCCCGGAGCCGCCCGCGACAUGCGGGACUACGACGAGGUGACAGCCUUCCUGGGCGAGUGGGGACCUUUCCAGCGCCUCAUCUUCUUCGUGCUCAGCGCCAGCAUCAUCCCCAACGGUUUCAAUGGCAUAUCCGUGGUGUUCCUGGCGGCGGUGCCCGAGCACCACUGCCGGGUGCCCGCCUCGGCCAACCUGAGCAGCGAAUGGAGGAACCACAGUAUCCCGCUGCAGGACAGCAGCGAGCUGGUCAGGCAGUGCCGGCGCUAUCGGCUCGCCGCGCUCACCAACUUCUCGGCUCAGGGACUGCUGCCCGGGCGGGACGUGAAUCUGAGUCAGGUGGAGCUGGAGCCCUGCCUGGACGGCUGGGAGUACAGCCAGGACACGUACCUGACCACCAUCAUCACCGAGUGGGACCUGGUCUGUGAGGAUGACUGGAAAGCUCCACUAACUACCUCCUUAUUUUUUGUGGGUGUGCUUAUCGGAUCCUUUAUUUCAGGACAGCUCUCAGACAAGUUUGGCCGGAAGAACAUUCUCUUCGUGACAAUGGGGAUGCAGACGGGAUUUAGUUUUCUACAAGUCUUCGCAACAAGCUAUGAGAUGUUCUCGGUGCUAUUUGUCCUUGUGGGCAUGGGACAGAUAUCUAACUAUGUGGCUGCUUUUGUUCUUGGAACGGAAAUUCUGGGCAAAUCAGGUAGAAUAAUAUUCUCCACAUUGGGAGUUUGCAUAUUUUAUGCAAUUGGCUACAUGUUCCUGCCAUUGGUUGCUUAUUUCAUUCGAGAAUGGAGGAUGCUAAUGCUGGCCUUAACUCUGCCAGGGUUGCUCUGUUUUCCACUGUGGUGGGUUAUUCCUGAAUCGCCCAGAUGGCUCCUGUCUCAGGGAAGAUUGAAAGAGGCAGAGGCCAUCAUCCGGAAGGCUGCAAAAAUCAACGGGAUUGUUGGGCCACCAAUAAUAUUUGACCCAAUGGAGUUGCAAGACCUGCAUUCCCGGAAACAGCAGUCCCACAGUAUUUUGGACCUACUUCGAACCCAGAACAUCCGAAUUGUCACCAUCAUGUCUAUAAUUCUGUGGAUGACCAUAUCAGUGGGCUACUUUGGUCUUUCACUUGACACUCCAAACUUACAUGGGGAUAACUACGUGAACUGCUUCCUCUCUGGUCUGAUCGAGGUCCCUGCAUACGUUAUUGCUUGGCUACUCUUACAGAACCUGCCCCGGCGGUAUUCCAUGUCAGCUGCCCUUUUCCUGGGUGGCAGUGUUCUUCUCUUCAUACAACUAGUGCCCCCAGGCUUAUACAUCUUGUCAAAUGGCUUGGUGAUGAUCGGGAAGUUUGGGAUCACCUGUGCUUUUGCCAUGGUGUACGUGUACACAGCUGAGCUCUAUCCCACAGUGGUCAGGAACAUGGGUGUGGGAGCCAGUUCCAUGGCAUCACGACUGGGCAGCAUCUUGUCUCCUUACUUUGUCUACCUUGGUGCCUAUGACCGGUUCCUGCCCUACAUCCUCAUGGGGAGCCUAACUGUACUGACAGCCAUCCUUACCUUGUUCCUCCCAGAGAGCUUUGGGUUCCCUCUCCCAGAUACCAUUGAUCAGAUGCUGAGGGUCAAAGGAAUAAAAUACAGACAAACUCCUAGCAGCAGCAGCAGUGACUCAACGAUAUUAAAAGAAGGUGAAGAAAGACACGCAGUCAUUAAAAGCACAGCCUUGUAGUGAAACCUGUAUUCAGGAAGAGACUGAAGAAUACUCUCCUACAAGAGCUUAUGAGAACACUAAGUGUCCUGGGGUAUUAAACAUCCUGGUAUUUAUUACAUCGAACCCAAUCCCUCUUUGUUCGUUGAAUAGACACAUAGACACUGUCCUUAGGAGAAAUCAAGACCAGGUUGCUUUCAAUACCAUAAUGGACUUGGCUUCUCAUAAGUAGUUUAAUACCUACUAGAAUUAAUGAGUAUUUGAAGAGGGGGUGAUGUACUAAAUUUAUGGAGUAAUUUGAGAUUCUCCGAAGAAGGCCACUAAUAAAAUUUGAUGUUUAUUUUUCUUCCUUCCUUCAUUUGCCAGGGGAUGGCAAUUUUGCUUGUCUUGUUUUCCUGUGUUCCCUAGGAAUGCUUAACCAGACUUGUUUUUCCCAGGGCUGAAGAAAGGAUGGGGGGCUGGAAAAACCUGAAUGUAGUUAGGGUGGAAAUGGAUUUUAUUACAUAGAAUGUCAGCAUCCAUCCAGUAAUUGGCUAGCAGAAUUUCUCUUCAGCACAGCUACUGGGUGAUCAAAGGAUCGGGCUUGUCCAGGCCCACAUAAAAAAAUAAAAUAUCACAAAUUUGCACUUCUUCCAUUGUGAGAUAAGUCAAAUCUUUAAGGUUGCUCUGAGAUCAUGGGUUUUAUUGUUGUUGUUUUCCUAGCCGUUUGAAGGAAACACAGAAUUGGGGAAUGUAUGGGGAAGGCUAGGGAGAGAAAGUAGGUUAAUAUCUGUUUUCUCAAAGCCUUGAGAUUUUUUUGGCAGAGUGUGGAGGGGAGGGGCUUUCUCUUCAAAUCAUUUAAAUCAUUUGCCCUUCAAAUUAUACUUGGAAAAGUGGGCUAACUGGCCCCUAAGUUUUUGCCAUCUGUGCCCAGCUGCAAAUAAACUGGAUGUGAGUAAAUAUUUGUUAGGAGCCAAUGCUACUAGUACUUGUGUAGAUGCCAAAAGUGACGACAUGGGGUGCUUUCCUUUUCUGAUCUCUAUCAUGGAAAAAAUGACUAAGACCAGGGAUGUGAUUUGAGUUUCUCCUGUUAGAUCGUGGGUGUGAGUAUAUCUACUGAUCCAAGGAACAGAGGUACUUACUUAAUUUGUGGGACAACCAUAGUUGAAACUUGCUGUGGGGUGAGGAGGGUAGUAAGCUUUUUAUUUGCCUUCUUUUUUCCCCUCGAUUCUAUUGCCAUGGUACUACAAAAGCAUAUUCUUCACCUGGUCAAAAAAUGCAUUUUUUUGUGAAAACUACUGUGGUAUCUUAGGGAUAUUAAAAAACUUUAAUAAACAAAUUUUUUAAUGAUA